CAUCCUGCAGGCUCAGGAGUUCGAGUGGGAGAGCCAGCUGCGGUUUUACUGGGAGCGCGAGCCGGACGAGCUGACGGUGCGGCAGUGCACCGGCGCCUUCUCCUACGGCUACGAGUACAUGGGGCUCAACGGGCGGCUCGUCAUCACCCCGCUCACCGACCGCAUCUACCUCACCCUCACACAGGCUCUAUCUAUGUUUUUGGGAGGAGCACCAGCAGGACCAGCAGGUACAGGGAAGACAGAAACAACCAAGGAUCUGGCCAAAGCACUGGGCUUGCUGUGCGUAGUGACAAACUGUGGAGAAGGCAUGGACUUCAAAGCAAUGGGUAAAAUUUUCUCAGGCCUUGCCCAGUGUGGUGCAUGGGGAUGCUUUGAUGAAUUCAAUCGCAUCGACGCUUCUGUGCUUUCAGUCAUUUCUUCCCAGAUUCAGACAAUCCGAAAUGCUUUAAUGAAUGGGUGGAAAAGAUUCCAG